CGCUGAACCCGUCCGCCGGAAACAUCACUUCCUCCGCCGGUCAUAUAUACUGUUUUACAAUGUUCCAGCGUUUAGAGUUUGACAGCGCUGUCGGUCCUUGAAUACACAAUUUUUAUUUGCGUCCAAACACAUCCGAGCCUUGAUGAACUAGCAGCGACAUGAGCACAUUUGCUUCUUUCUGACAAAAAUGGAGAAUUCAGAGAGCGGUCCAUCCUCUGGCCCAGUGUCAGUGGCAGAGAGAGGCAUGGCACGACCCUCAGCACCCUCUGGUCAGCUGUCAGAGUCAGCCAGGCCCGCCAAGCACCGGGAGCACCCGUCCAAGUCACCAAGGAGACGGCGGAAGGGGACGAGGUCGCAGCGACGGGGGGGUGGUCAUGAACAGCUGCUGUGGGAGACGGAACGGCGGAGGUUGCCAGGCCAACACGAACACUUGGAGCCCUCUGGCUCAGCAAGCGACACAGCGGAAAGCUGUCCUAAGAGGAGAGCCCACUUUCUACAUGGACCGUACCCAGCAACUCACUUUGGACCCAAAGCCUGUAUUCUUCCCAACCCAACUUCAGUCAUGCACAUCCAGGACCCAGCCAGCCAGCGGCUCACCUGGAAUAAACCGCCUGUUAAUGUGCUGGUCAUUAGGAAAAUCAGAGACGAGAGCCUCGUCGAGCCUUUCAAGGAGCUCUGCAGGUUUCUAGUAGAGGAGAAGCUGAUGAUGGUGUACGUGGAGCGCAGGGUGGUGGACGAUGCUACGCUGUCCAAGGACGAGGCAUUCGGCUCCAUACGCAAUCAGCUGUGCACCUUCAGAGAGGGUUAUGAUGAUAUUUCUGACUGCAUAGACCUGAUCAUCUGCCUGGGUGGAGACGGGACCUUGCUCUACGCCUCAUCUCUCUUCCAGGGCAGCGUUCCUCCAGUUAUGGCAUUUCACCUCGGCUCCCUGGGUUUCCUGACGCCCUUCAAAUUUGAGUCGUACAAGACUGAAGUGGCUAAAGUGUUUGAAGGCAACGCAGCCAUCACCCUGCGCAGCCGUCUUAAGGUGAAGGUGGUGAAGGACAUGCUUCAGAGAGAAAGUCAGCAGCCGUACAGCAGAGAGACGACACAGCAGCACCAGCAGCAGGAACACAACGGAAUUCUUCCUCAUGGACACACCAACAGCGAGGCCGGCAAGGUCACCCUGCAGCUGCAGGUGCUGAAUGAGGUGGUGGUGGACCGAGGCCCGUCCUCCUACCUGUCCAAUGUAGACUUGUACCUGGAUGGACGACUCAUCACCUCAGUGCAGGGAGACGGCGUGAUUGUCUCGACGCCCACGGGCAGCACAGCUUACGCGGCCGCAGCAGGAGCCUCCAUGAUCCACCCCAACGUACCCGCCAUCAUGGUCACACCCAUAUGUCCACACUCGCUCUCCUUCAGGCCCAUCGUCGUCCCUGCUGGGGUGGAGCUCAUGAUCACCUUGUCCCCCGAUGCCAGGAACACCGCCUGGGUGUCGUUUGACGGCAGGAAGAGACAAGAGAUCCAGUAUGGAGACUGCAUCAAGAUCACUACGUCCUGUUACCCAGUGCCCUCCAUCUGUUGCCACGACCUGGUGUAUGACUGGUUCGAAAGCCUGGCUCAGUGCUUGCACUGGAACGUGCGCAAGAGGCAGGCGCGACUGGCAGACGCCUCUGACUCGUCAGACACAGAGAACUGAAUCUGCCGCCGGCGUGAAAGACAUUUCUCUGCACAGCAGCUGAGUGAGUGAAAACAUGGGAGUCUGGGGGACGAGCUCGAGGUUACCUCGAAACAUUUUCUCGACAGAAACACUGGACUGUGAGAGCGAGAGCAUGUGUGUCUGCAGCCAAAUGAUUGUUUCAUCAGUCCUGUGAACAGCAUGUGUACAGUAUUUUAUACACGUGAGCGUUACAUUCCAGUUCAAACACAAUCUGUAGUUAGCUUACAGGAAGAGAGCAUGUUCUCACCUAGAAAUUAAAAUACAGCCAAAUCAUUUAGGCGUUCAAAUAACUUCCAUCUUACAAUAAAUACCAUGUUUCUGGACAUCAAUAUGAAGGAAUUGUAUGUAGAAGAAACCGACAAAAGUCCGUAAAUGUGAAUGUGUACAUAGAUGAUUCUGGAUACAUUUAUUUAAUGUCAUAUUUAUGUGAUAUUUAUAUAUUUUCAAGCGCUUUAAAAGACUUAAAACUGAAUUUCUAUCACUGAUGCAGCCAAAGACUUCUGUAUGCGAUUACUCCGCACAAACAUUUUCUUUGAUCCAGAGCCAGCUUCCUGUACGUCCUGACAGCAGCUGUAAGGGAUUUCUUUUGAAUUCAUUUUUAAAUGUUGUCAGCCAAGUUAAAUUCAACCAGUCAGAUUGCAUUGUCGUAGCAGAAAACAAAGUGGAAAGAGUUGGAGAAACGUCAUGUUCUGUUCACGAUUGUUUAACUGUGAAAUUGUGGGUCUGCUGCAGAGCUGAAAUAAAGCUGAAGCACUAACAUGUCAAGACUUA